AUGGCCACCAUCACUGGGCCUGCCGUGAUCUCUCGGGUCACCAAAGAAGGAAGGUUUCUUUCCCAAGAUGGGGGUAGGGACUUGCGACCUUUUUCAUUUGGACGUGAUCUUUCGCAUUCGAGCAACCGCCACAGUCACUCUGAUCUUGAUGAAGUGCCAAAGUACGGACCCACACUCAAAGCAUCUGGCGAGGAGGCUGAUAUGCCGUCUAUCAAGAAGCCAAAGUUGGGGCACGUCAAAGUUGAAUCUAGCGUUGGACAGCCUUCACAUUUGGAGAAGGUUCUGGCCAAGAUCUCCCCUGAAUCUAUCCGGGUAUCCCGCCCAGAAUCUGAUCACUCUUCCUUGCGUACAUCUCGAAUUCCCCAGUCCAGUGACACAUUGCCAGUGGCGGGAUUGGCAGAAACAGUCAACAGUCACACGCAAGAUGACAAGGUGGCUGAGCUUCUUCGACUCAAGAAGGAAUUGCUCGCGGCAAAUUCCAAGAUUGCGAUGCAGGAGCAAGAACUUGCCCAGAACCGUGUGAUCAAGCACACGUUGGACCAGGCUCUCGGUCCUCCAUCUGAGGCUGACUUUGGCGGGCGUGAUAUCACCGAACAAACCAUCAGCAACCUUCAGAAUGCAUUCAAUGCCUCAAAUCCCGCAUUCGGCCAGUUUCAAGACGCAUGGAGCACACAAGAUGACUCUCACUCCGAUAUCUCCGAUGCACUGUCGGCUGGGGCGUACAAUCGUGGCCGAGGGCUUUGGAACCAGAAUGGGCAAUCAUCCUUCGGGAUGGAUGCCCAAGACCACUCUCUCGACAAGGCUUAUGGAGAGGCUCUGCCGGGGCCCUCCCGCCCGGUGAAUCAGGACUCUGGUCGUUUUUGGAGUGCUGCACCAAUGUAUCCUACUGGGUUUGGGGUAUCGCAAGGAGGUUUCCAGCCUCACAGAAUCAGUUCUGGUCCUUCAACCGGCGGAUAUGAUUGUUAUCCCCGGCCCCCAGGUGAACAAUCCCGAUUUUUCCAGAACACGAAUCCUGAAUCUCGCCUUUCCCCCACACAUGCAGGCCGAGGUGGCCCGAUUUUCCCCCCUCAGAAUACGCCCUGGGCAGCCUUGGCCUUUGGGACCCCAAGUGAUGCCACUCCAAAGUCUCCGGGAUCGCCACCAACAAGAUCCCCCAGCGUCUUUCAACCGAUUGGAAUCUAUCCGGUAUCUUCAUAUCCUGCCCGACCAGGUGCAACGACCCUCUCUCCAACCGCUUCUGAGUUCACAGCUGGUAGCGUGAAUAGUUCCUUGUGGACAAAUGCUUCAAGCAGUGGUGGAAGCUCCAUGCAAACCUAUGUUUCUCCUCUUGAACCUCUCAAUUAUAGACGCCUCCUCGAUAAGAAUGUCUCUUGUGACUGGAAAUACAUUGUGGACAAGAUUGUAUGCAACAAUGACCAACAAGCAUCCAUUUUCCUACAACAAAAGCUCAAAGUGGGCACGUCGGAGCAGAAGUUUGACAUCAUCGAGGCGAUUGUCAGCCAGGCGUACCCCUUGAUGGUCAAUCGUUUUGGAAACUUCCUUGUUCAGCGAUGCUUCGAGCACGGAACACCGGAUCAAGUUGUCGCCAUCGCGAAUGCGAUCAGAGGCAACACCCUCAACCUGAGCAUGGAUUCCUUCGGUUGCCACGUCAUUCAAAAAGCGUUUGACUGUGUUCCGCAGGAACACAAGACCAUCAUGGUGCAUGAACUUCUCCGCAGAAUUCCAGAGACGGUCGUUCAUCGGUAUGCCUGCCAUGUUUGGCAGAAACUCUUCGAGCUUCGAUGGAGUGGCGACCCUCCCCAAAUCAUGGCCAAGGUAAAUGAAGCGCUCGAGGGGAUGUGGCACGAAGUUGCACUGGGUGAAACGGGGAGCUUGGUGGUGCAGAAUAUCUUCGAGAACUGCAUCGAGGAGGAAAAGCGACCUGCUAUUGAAGAAGUGCUGGUAAAGAUUGAUCUGCUUGCUCAUGGCCAAUUCGGCAACUGGUGCAUCCAGCACAUAUGUGAACAUGGCGCUCCCCACGACAAGAGUCGUGCAGUUGAGCAUGUACUCCACCAUGCUGUGGAUUACAGCAUGGAUCAGUUUGCAUCCAAAAUCGUCGAAAAAUGUCUGAAGAUCGGUGGCUCUGAGUUCUUGGACCGCUAUCUCUCCCGUGUGUGCACUGGUCGUUCUGAACGACCUCGGAUGCCAUUGAUUGACAUAGCGGGCGAUCAGUACGGCAAUUACCUGAUCCAGUGGGUCUUGAUGAACGCUGCAGCUCAUCAGCGUGAGCUUGUGGCCAGUCAUAUUCGGAAGCAUAUGGUUUCCCUUCGAGGCUCUAAAUUUGGAUCCCGUGUAGCGAUGCUUUGUUGCAACCCUUCCCAUGCUACACGACCUGGCCCUGGAACCGGCAUUCAAGUUGGCCGCUUCAGUCAUUUCAACGACGAGAGGAUCUCCUCUACAAACUCAACCAACAAUGGUUGA